AGACUCUGUCUCACAACAACAACAACAACAAAAUUGAGAUGUGCCUCUGCUAAUUCGUAACAACUGCAUGAAUUGCUUUUACUUUCAAUUUCAGCUUUAUUGUACCAUCCCAUUUGUGGAAAUGACUAGCUUCCUCAGCUCUCUCUCUUUUUUUCCUUUAUAAUGGAGGGACACAAAAGAAAAGAGGAAGGAGGAACGACAGCAAGGGGGUAGUGAAAGGCAACUGAAAACUCAAAACUUGGACCUGUGGUGCUGAAGAGCAGGCUCUUCUAGGUUGGCAGUUGCCAUGGAAUCUGGACCCAAAAUGUUGGCCCCCAUUUGCCUGGUGGAAAACAACAAUGACAAGCUGUUGGUGAACCAGCAAGCUAUACAGAUUCUUGACAAGAUUUCUCAGCCAGUGGUGGUGGUGGCCAUUGUUGGACUGUACCGUACAGGCAAAUCCUACUUGAUGAACCUGCUGGCAGGAGAGAAUCAUGGCUUCCCUCUGGGCUCCACGGUGCAGUCUGAAACCAAGGGCAUCUGGAUGUGGUGCAUGCCCCACCCCUCCAAGCCAAACCACACCCUGGUCCUUCUGGACACUGAGGGUCUGGGCGAUGUGGAAAAGGGUGACCCUAAGAAUGACUCCUGGAUCUUCGCCCUGGCUGUGCUCCUGUGCAGCAGCUUCGUCUACAACAGCAUGAGCACCAUCAACCACCAGGCCCUGGAGCAGCUGCAUUACGUGACGGAGCUCACAGAACUCAUUAAGGCAAAGUCCUACCCAAGGCCUGAUGGAGUAGAAGAUUCCACGGAGUUCGUGAGUUUCUUUCCAGACUUUAUCUGGACUGUACGGGAUUUCACUCUGGAGCUGAAGUUGAAUGGUGACCCUAUCACAGAAGAUGAGUACCUGGAGAAUGCCUUGAAGCUGAUUCCAGGCAAGAAUCCCAAAGUUCAAGCAUCCAAUUUGCCCAGGGAGUGCAUCAGGCAUUUCUUUCCAAAAAGGAAGUGUUUUGUCUUUGACCGGCCAACACAUGACAAAGUCCUUCUAGCCAAUAUCGAGAAGGUGUCAGAAAAACAACUGGAUCCCAAAUUCCAGGAACAAACAAACAUUUUCUGUUCUUACAUCUUCACGCAUGCAAGAAGCAAGACCCUCAGGGAGGGAAUCACAGUCACUGGGAAUCGUCUGGGAACUCUGGCAGUGACUUAUGUAGAUGCCAUCAACAGUGGAGCGGUGCCUUGUCUGGAGAAUGCAGUGAUAACUCUGGCCCAGCGUGAGAACUCAGCUGCCAUGCAGAGGGCAGCCGACUACUACAGCCAGCAGAUGGCCCAGCGAGUGAAGCUCCCCACAGACACGCUCCAGGAGCUGCUGGACGUGCAUGCGGCCUGUGAGAGGGAAGCCAUUGCAGUCUUCAUGGAGCACUCCUUCAAGGAUGAAAAUCAGGAAUUCCAGAAGAAGCUCGUGGAAAUCACAAUGAAUAAGAAGGGGGAUUUCUUGCUGCAGAAUGAAGAGUCCUCUAUUCAAUACUGCCAGGCUAAACUCAAUGAGCUCUCAAAGGGCCUAAUGGAAAGUAUCUCAGCAGGAAGUUUCUCUGUUCCUGGAGGGCACAAGCUCUACAUGGAAACAAAGGAAAAGAUUGAACAAGACUAUUGGCAAGUCCCCAGGAAAGGAGUAAAGGCAAAAGAGGUCUUCCAGAGGUUCCUGGAGUCACAGGUGGUGAUAGAGAAAUCCAUCUUGCAGUCGGAUAAAGCCCUCACUGAUAGAGAGAAGGCAGUAGCAGUGGAUCGGGCCAAGAAGGAGGCAGCUGAGAAGGAACAGGAACUUUUAAAACAGAAAUUACAGGAGCAGCAGCAACAGAUGGAGGCUCAAGAGAAGAGUCUCAAGGAAAACAUAGCCCAACUGAAGGAGAAGCUGCAGAUGGAGAGAGAACACCUGCUGAGAGAGCAGAAUAUGAUGCUGGAGCACAAGCUGAAGGUCCAGAAAGAUUUGCUUGAUGAAGGAUUUAAGAAGAAAUGUGAGGAGAUGAAUGAAGAGAUAAAUCAACUAAAACAUAUGAUUGAUACUACAAAAAAUGAUGAUACUCCCUGGAUUGCACAUAUCUUGGACAAAUUUGUCAAUGAGCUACCUUCAAUAUUGUCUGCUCCUAAAUUAAUUGGUCAGGUUGUCAAAGGUGUGAGUUUGCUCUUUAAAUAGCAUGAGUUCCUCUAUUAAGGAUAUUAUAGAUCAUACAUAUAUGCUUUGCACUAUUUUUGAUCUUGAUCUGUAUGUUUUUCAUUUUCAUUCAGCAAAGUUUUGCUUUGUUUUUUUUUUUGUUUGUUUGUUUGUUUUUUUGUUUUUUUUUUUUGGAGAGUCUUACUCUGUCGCCCAG